AGUGUGGAUUACGGUAGCGGUAGGGUAGGGACCAAUUUUCGGUUUAGAUUUUAAUGAUGCUCCUAUGCAUAUUCACAAUCACCAUGGAAAAUAUAAACAUAAAAAUGUUUCCAUGGAAAUGAGCGCUUCGAGAAAAAAAAAAGUUCGCUGUAUGAAAUUUUAAACUUUUAAUUUUCAGAUGAACAUGCGUCUUACCUCAAUCGAUGAAACACUCCGUGCUUUGGAAUCCAGAAUCAGUACUGAAGUUGAGCAUCGCGUUGCCAAUGCUGUACAAAACAUUCUCGAGACUGAUGAAAUCAAGAAUUUGAUUAAUGAGCGUGUUUCCGAAGCUGUCCAAGCUGGGAGUUCUUCAUUAAAUAUGCCUUCAUCGUCAUCAUCCUCGUGCACGUCUUCGGAUUCUGAAGAAUCGGAAUUAUCGCUUCCAGCCAGAUCUCGUACACCAUCAGUUUGUGCCGAGCGCUCGACUACAGGAGACGAAGAGCCAGUGCCAUCUUGCUCGGUGGUUCCGGAUAUAGUAGCUCUUCAGACUGCACCACAUUACCCGAAUAAAUGGGAAUUCAUAUCGUCACUACUGCAAAACGGACCGAUAACCGACUUCAAGCUAGAUCACUUCACUAAUUCGGUCCGGUCUUCCUUAAAAAUGACAUCAGAUCAAGAAGUGUUUCCGAGAAUGUCGCUGGAAGAAAUGAUCGAACGAGAUCAUCCAACAACGUCGGAGAGUAGUCUCUUCGACGAAAAGAAAAUAUCGUGUCACAACCGUCCGAAGGGAAAAAAUCUGCUAGACGAGGAGUUUUUCUGUCUUGCUCCGUGCUGCAGCGGAAUGAGGCUAUUCCAAGCCGAGACGUACACUUUUCUCCCAGGAUUUGUCAAAAACCGUCUGAAGCAAGCUGAUGAUUGCCGAGUAAUAGUGCAUAAAACCUCAAAUGGAAUUGAAUUGAUCACACCAAUAAAGUGGCAGCGAGUCACGCCAAUCUUUCCUGAGAAUACAAAAAACAUCCAGCCUCCAGAUGAGAGAAUAGAAGAAGACGAAGCUGAAGAAGAGGAUCCAUUGGCAAAUCGGGAAAUUGUAGAGCAACUUAUGCACGAAUACUUCAUUCCGACACCUGCAUUGCCUCUAGACGACUUGGUUUUCGGUCCCUAUCUUCAACGAGUUCGAGAAUCAGAGCCAUUUCCGGAGAACCUGCUCCACGAUCUAGUUCGGCGGGUCAAUUCAAACUUGGACAAUAGCUACGAUAGUCAUCAAGAGCUGGAGUUGUUCGACAAAUUGGACGAAGUCCCCAUUGACGAGAAAUACGGUCGGCUGCCGUUCGAUCCAAUGGACAACUGUUAAGCCUUUGUUAUAUCCUUCUCACCAAUUAUUUUAUCAUUUUUUCUCCCUACCUCAUUCACUUCAUAUAAUCCUGUUUACUGCUGAAAAUAUAAUUUUAAUCCAAAUCGAAACUCAAAAAAAUUCUUUAAAAUUUCAAAAAUCCUUUAAAAAAAGUAUUCUUUCUCACCGUUUAUCCUUUUGGCUUAAAAUUUUCAGCUAAUUUUUUCUCAUUUUCUUCUAUCAAAAUCUCUCCCUGUAAUUGUAAGAAAAAUUUCUGUGAAAAAACCCCAAAAAAUCUUUCGAAAACUUUCAAACAUUCAUCGGUUACUUCUAUUAUUGUCCCUUACCUAAUUGUCCUCAAAUUCCCUUUCAAAAAGGUCUUUUUUCUGUCGCCUCUACUUUUUAAAUUUGUUCUUUUUCCUCUCUGAUUGUGGCAGCUUUUACAACUGUCACAAUUUCCUGGCCCUGUUCAAUAUUUUGAACCAAAACAAAAAAAGAAAAAAAAAGUUGUGCAACUAAUUACUGAUAAGUAGAUCUAUCUAUCAGCAAUCUCAAAAGAAUAUAUGGUCACAAUAAAUAGUU